AUUUUUGUUGAUAUAUAAAAAUGACAUUCGAAUCCCAAUUUGAAUGUCGCGUCCCCAAUAUGGUAUUCUGUUCCUUUUGAAAUUUUCAUUUCUAACUUUUCUGCUUGACAACAGCGUAAAAUUCUGUCCAAGUAGGAACCCUAUUCCUUUUCUCUGCAAAAUUCUUAUAGAAGUUUUCAGAUGGUCCAUAUAUGCAAAUUUCAAGCAUAAACACUUGCUCAGAAACAACCCGUUGACUAAAAUAAGAACAGUAUUAUACUCAUUUGAAGGUUCUGGAAUGGGGUUUUCUUUGGUGGGUUCUUUUGGUUCUCAUGUUUUGUUAAAGGAAUGUUGUCAUAAGAUUGUAAAGUUUCAAACUUUAAGUGAGAAAGAGAGGUUCAGUGUUAAAUUUGUUUCGAAGUCUAAGUCUUGCCCAGGGAGAGCUUCAGCUUUGCUUUGUAAGAGUGAGUUGGUUGACUUUGAAGAGAGAACAAGCCCUCAAGAGGUCAGAAAAGAGAUAGAACAAUGCUAUGAACUCAUACACAGACUAGGGAGGGGAGUUGUGUAUUUGGGUUCUGCAAGGAUGGGACCUGAUCAUCUAUAUUACGCAGAAGCUCAUGAGUUGAGUAGAGAGAUUGCAAACCUUUUGGACUGCACCACGUGGUCAGGGGCUGGUCCAGGGCUCAUGGAUGCUGUGACAAAAGGCGCUUUGCAAGCAGGAAAGCCAGUUGGUGGACUUAAGAUUGAUAGAGAAGCCGGUGAAUGGACAGCCUCUAAAUUUCAUCCAUACCUACCUUCGGAAACGUAUCUUUCGUGCAAGUUUUUCUCUGCAAGAAAACAUGGCCUGGUGGAUGCUGCAGUUAGAAAUAAUAGCUCUGACAGAACAGCGGUGGUGGCUCUCCCUGGUGGGAUUGGUACACUAGAUGAGAUGUUUGAGAUUCUAGCGCUAAUUCAGCUGGAAAGGAUUGGAUCAAAGCUUCCAGUUCCUUUCCUUGUGAUGAAUUACGACUCAUUUUAUGGCAAACUAUUUGACUUUCUUGGUGAUUGUGAGAAUUGGGGUACUUUAGCAAGAAAUGAGGUUGCAUCAUUAUGGAAAAUCUGUGACAACAACUCAGAAGCUUUGUCCUACUUGACAGAAUUCUAUGAUAUCCCUUCCAUUGACAGGCAUGAAAUUAAGUUUGAAAGUACAAGUGGAAAUAGGUAUUAAAUUUUGAAGUCUAUUAGAAAACCACUUCUAAUAAGAAGUUGAGAAUGUUGUUUUACUAUUAUUAAUCGUGAGACAUUGAGAUUGAUAUUUUGGCAUCUCUAGAAUGAAACAUUCAGGUAGGAAAUUUGUGCUAGUUUUGCUUAUUCUUCAAGUUUGAUGGAAUUCCGAAUGAAAAAGAACUUGCACUAAA